CCUGUCUUUGUUCCUAUCCACACUUGCAGCUUCCUAGCAGAUGUUGCCAUGCACCGUCUAAUAUGUUGGGGUGUUCUAUUUGCUGUCCAAUUGCAUCCUAUAUCAGGUUGGACUAAGCCAGUGGUCUCUGCCCAGCUGUCAGUCAUGACAGUGAAGGACGAGGUUGAGCUGCACUGUGACCCGCAGCCUCCAAACACUCAGUGGACGUGCCUUUUUAAUUCCAGUUCCCAAAAGGACCUUUUAACCCCAACGAACAAAGGACACUGCACAGUGACUGUGAAAGGAGAUAAGCUACUGGAACAUAAUGCUGGCUACAAAACAAAUACACACAUCUCAUGUGGUUGCACUCUGGAUAAUACCACAAUAUAUAGUGAGAAUAUUACGGUGGUGGUUUUCAAUUUUGAUCUGCCCAUAAAAUACACAAUUAUUGCAAUGGUUGUGUUUGGAGUCUUCAACUUGGCCACUCUGUGUGUCCUUGCAUGGGGAUGCUACAUCAUAUUGCCCAUUUCAAGAAACAGAACACCUCCACUUCUUCCCAGAAGUAAUCAAAAUCAACCAACUGACAUGGAUCAUCAGAGCACUGGCAGUGUUAAAGAAGCAGCGGAUGCAGAAAAAGAGGGGCCUGGUGAGGACAAACUGUUCUAUGCUACAGUGAGGCACCCUACCGAUGUAAGAAGAUCACCACAGGUGUAUCGGUUUGAGCAGGGCACUGAGUAUGCUACGGUGCUCAUCAACUGACCAAUGCUGCCCUUUAAUGACUCUGUGCAAUGAUAGACCUGUUAUCCUAGAGAUUAUGCAUGUUUCUGUGAAGCUGCAAAAUGUGUUGCCCCCUGCAGGUAACCCCCAGAUUAUAGUCAACGUCAGACAUUUCUCAGACGUAACCCUAGGCCUAGGCAGUUAGGACCCACGAUACCCCCAAGAGGUUAUUGCAGGUAGCAGGGACCUACUGUCGAGCGAAGUUGCACGUCUUCCCUCUGCGGCGCAGAUAACCUAUUACUCCUAUUUUAUAUAAAUAUCCCCCUUGGAAGUUGAUCCGUAGAGGAUUUAUUGGGAUGCUAUAAAAUAAAGAGCAGCUACGCCUAGGUCUCGGACAGUUGGCUAACGUGCAAAGAUGUUUGACCCUAGAGAUUAUCUAGAGACACAGGCAGGGGCGUCAUGCAGGGCAAAAUUCAGAGGGGGCACAAUCAGGGCCGGAGAUUUCGAAAUUCUGGCUGCUAAACAUACCAUUUCAAUGCAGUUUGGGAGGGACAGAAAUACCUUAACAGAGCAAGCAGAAACCAUCCUCUAAGCAAGGACUAAGCUAAAGUAUCUAUUUUGUAAGUUAAUGUAAAACACAUAGGUUGGUGAAAGAACUGUAAGCUCAAAUUCAGC